GGAAUUUGUUGUUAGGACAUGGCUGAGUCCUCGUGUAGGCUACUCAACGUAAGAGACGCACACAUAGCCAGAAGAGGACAUGGUCUUCACGAUCAAGACUUGAAGUUUUUAACACGGUAAAGAGAGAUGAACCAGAAGAAUUAUUCUAACCACAAACAUCAGUGAGGACUGCAGCCAUGGACUUAUUCAAACAACAGAAAGUGGAGGAUUUCUAUGAAAUUGGUGAAGAGUUGGGAAGUGGGCAGUUUGCCAUCGUAAAGCAAUGCAGAGAGAGAAGCACAGGUCUGGAAUUUGCCGCCAAGUUCAUCAAGAAGCGGCAAAGCAUGGCCAGCUCUCGGGGAGUGCGGCGGGAGGAGAUAGAGCGGGAGGUGGACAUCCUGCAGCAGACUCAGCACCCCAACAUCGUCACUCUGCACGACGUCUACGAGAACCGCACUGAUGUGGUGCUCAUCCUGGAGCUGGUCUCUGGAGGUGAGCUGUUUGACUUCCUGGCACAAAAGGAGUCUCUGAGCGAGGAAGAGGCCACUCAGUUCAUCAAGCAAAUCCUCGAGGGGGUCAACUACCUCCAUGCCAGGAACAUUGCUCACUUUGAUCUCAAGCCUGAAAACAUAAUGCUGCUGGACAAGAAUGUGCCAUUGCCGAGAAUCAAGCUCAUUGAUUUCGGUCUUGCCCACAAGAUUGAAGCUGGAGUUGAGUUCAAAAACAUCUUUGGAACACCUGAGUUUGUGGCACCGGAGAUUGUCAACUAUGAGCCACUGGGAUUAGAGGCAGACAUGUGGAGCAUUGGGGUCAUCACCUACAUCCUGCUGAGUGGUGCUUCACCUUUCCUGGGGGAGACCAAACAGGACACACUGAAGAACAUUUCAGCCAUAAAUUAUGAGUUUGAUGACGAGUUUUUCUGUCACACCAGUGAGCUGGCUAAGAAAUUCAUCAGCCAGUUGUUGGAGAAGGAUAAGAAGAAAAGAUUAACAAUUCAAGAUGCUCUUAAUCACCCAUGGAUCAAGUCCAAUGAGCACAAGGAGGAAAAUAAAGCCAAGGAGCCAAAGAAACGGGAGCGGCGCCAACUGAAGACAAAGCGCCUGAGGGAGUACACUAUCAAGUCCCACUCAAGCAUGCCACCCAAUAACACUUAUGUAAACUUUGAGCGCUUUGCCCAGGUGGUGGAGGAUAUUGACCAGAUGGAGAGCUCGUUCGUUAGCCUGGCAGCAGCCCAUGACUCCCUGCAAGAAGACAUCGAUGCCAUGGUCUCUAUAUACAAUGAGAAGGAGGCCUGGUACAAGGAGGAGAGUGAAGAUGUGCGCCAUGAGCUCUCACAAAUUCGCUAUGAGUUCCGUAAGGUGGAGGCCUUUAAGAGGGGCGUGCAAGACGACAUGCAGGCCUUCAGCUCCAGCCUCGGUGCCAUCAGCAACCGCUACCAGGAGAGACAGAACCACUUUGAUGCACUGCGUCUGGAGCUCAGCAGCGAGCUGAAAUGGGUGCAGGAGGUGAUGGGUUCAUUUCCCACGGAUGGAGGUGUUGGAGGAUACCCCAACUGCAGCUUCACCACCGUCUUCAACAACGACGUGAACGAAGCCCUGAAGGAGCUGCUGACCCGCUCCUGUGGUGGAGAACUGAUGUCCGGGAUCAAUCUGGACUUUGAAACCGGACAGCAAAGAUAAAUGCUUUAGAAUGAUUCUGAUGCUAGUAUACUCUUAGAAGUAAGGUUUCAAAAAGGGUUCUUCCUGAAGGGCUGAGGUUCUACCCAGAACCAUUCGAACUGUGUUUGAGGGUUCUUUGUUGGACUAAGAGUUCCAUUAAGAAUCCUUUUCAUCCAAAAAAACGUUUUUGGAAGAAAGAGUUCUUCAGUGAUUGUUGAAGUGGGUGUUAAUAGAUCCUCCCCGUCUACACACACCCAUGGUUGAUAGCCAUGAGUGUUGUAGGUGGUACUGGACCACAUUAUCCUUUUUAAGGAGCCUCUCAAAGCCUAAGGCCACUGGAUCUAGAUCCCAUGGUGACGGGAUAACAUUUUAAAGAACAAUCAAUGGUAGGGGGUUAGGGUUACACUAACCACAAUUUACAAUCUAUGGGAUUGAAUCAUUUUUGGCUCAUCUGUAGGGUACAAUAUGGUUAUUCAUUGAACCUCCGAAGGGUUAUAGGUGUAUAACCUAUAAAAGACCUGUAAAAAUAAAAAGGCUACUUUUAGAGCCCCUUGGAUAGUUCUGGAUCGAACCAUUCACAGAUUGUUCUAGGUACAAACAUUUUAUGUUGGGUUCUUGGUAGAACCUUUAUGGUUUUAGUAAGCACCUACCUUCUAAGAGUGUACAGAUCCCAUGUCUCAAUAGGGAGGCUUGUGUCAGGACAUAAAGAUAUCUGUUGCUAUAAAAUUUGUUCUAGAUUUACAUCAGAGUAGUAUUAUCCUAUUUCCCAACACACAUACACAAUACAAUACAAUACACAUUUUCAUGCUAAACAUAUUCAUUUAAACAAUAAGUUAUGUCAUCACACAGUUGAUGAAUGUUCAAUGUUCAGCAAAAUCAUUUCAGUAUAAUUUUUAGUCAGUAAUGUCAAUCUGUUGUGCUUAGUCUUGGAGAUAAAGUUAAAGACUUUCACAUUUGUGUAAUUUGUCUAUGAUAACUAAAUAUAAAAUAGUAUAAAUAUUUGUAUUGGUACUAUGAAUGUGUGUAUUAUUAAAUGCUUAACUGUAUCUGUGAACGUCCCAUCAAAGGAUUAAAAAAAUACAAAUACAUUUGAUUCAUUGCCACUCGUGAGUUCAGAUU